AUGUUGAUAAACUCAACAGCGACAACAACAAGUGACAGCAAUCAUCUUGCUGUGACGAAUCCUCUCACCAUCGACCACAACCGUUCAUCCUUGAUGUCGUUUACUACUCAAGACCCGUCGAUAACGACGACCUCGAUGGAGAAUCCAGCAACCUGUCUCCCUGAAUCACAACAUCUGUCCACUGCCAACGAUAAAACAAGCAGUUCCACAACUGCUUUGACGCAUGACGUGCCAAUGAAUGAUGUUGCGGCCAUUCAAAGCAAAAACCAUUCCAUGAUGAACAACACCUCUCUAAUCAGUGGUACCAACACUUCUAGUGGUUCUAUUUUAGACAUUCUGAGCAACCAAUCACCACAACACACCAAAGCAUCACGAAUUCAUGCAAGAAAGUCUUUGGAUCCAAGUGUACUUGCCAACGCAACCAUCCAUAACCACACUCAUGGAAUUUCAUUGUCUUCCGAAGUCUAUUAUCAUUCACAACAACCACAACAACAACAACAACAGGAUUCAUCAUCGACAGCCUUCUCCCCUCGGUUCUCUCGUCAGUUUUCGCAACCUCUUCCAUUCUUUCACACAACGAAUAUGAUGAUGAAUCAAAAUAGCAAUUCUCAUAACAAUAAUAUUGCGAGCACUCUACAAACAAGUGCUGCUAGCAGUGGGAUGGUGAAUCAGCAACAACAACAACUUCAAGAGGCUUCAACCUCUCUUUCGGAUGAUGAGGAAGGAACUGAAGGAGUUUCUUCUCAGAACCACCAUUCAUCCAACAACAACAACAACAACAAUUCGAACAAUGGUUCGGCCCGAAGAGUGAACUAUGCUUGUACGGAAUGUAGAAAAGCUCACAAAGCCUGUAGUGGAGAACGACCUUGUGACAGAUGUAAAAAGCUAGGAAUGGAGGAUAAAUGCAAGAGCUCUGUGCGUAAGAAGAGAAUAUUAACCAAGAGGUAUUGGGUUCAUUUCAUGUCCAAUGGAAGUAGCACUGCAUCGUCAUCAGCAGACAUGAUGGAUGACAAUAGUGUGCAGUCACCUGCCACCACGAACAACACGUCAAAUGGCCAACUAUCAUUCCCAAAUCUAAAUCUAAAUGUUGUGAACAAUGGAAGUACUACUCAAAGAUCAUCUUCAAUGAAUUACAAACGACAUUCAAGCGCCACACUUCCUUCCUAUAAUUCCAUUCGAAGACUAAAUGCUGGUUUGAGUGGUGGCAGCUCCACAAGUUUAACCAGUGGUGGUUCAGAACAUCCAUGGACCAUGACCCAUCAUGAUCAUAGUAAUGCCAUUGGUGCGGCCAUGACCAUGGACUCCUCUGACAACAAUAGCAACAAUAACAAUCGCUCUCCUCAACAAGGUCUAUUCUAUCAUCCCUAUAAGAGUCCUCGUAUGACGAAUCCUUCAGAGCAACAAAUACAACCUCAACAACAACAAACUUCCUCACCGAGAGGAGGUGGUGCUCACAGUGCAACCAUGAUGAAUGUGCUAAAUCUCACCACGGCGGCCUCUCCUCAACCAUCACAAUCGUCACUGAACAAUCAACCUCUAUCACAACCGCAACAACUAUCGAUGGCAGCUCUUCCUUCAACAACAACGGCCUUCAACAGCAAUACUGGCGCCACGACUACGAGCUCUUCCUAUCCAUCUUUUCCUGGACUCGAAGCAUACAAAUUAGAUCAACCAUCUCCAAAUUCAGCCAACAACACGAAUUUGGUAUCCCCAUUUCAAACACAACAAGCACAGGAACAACAACAUCUGUACCCGAGUCCUUCGUCAGCCACAUCUUCAUCCUCUGCCAGCUUGUCAUUGGGUCAUCAUGGAAAAUCCGAUCCAAAUUUGUUGCCUCCUCCUUCAUCCUUACUUUGUAGCGUAACCACAUCGACCUCACCAAACAUUUCACAAGCCACACCACCACAAACUACACAGGCAACUCCAUUAGGAAUGACAGAUAGUGAUCAUAAUCACCAUUCGAACAGUACACUUCACAUUCCACCAAUCAUGUUGGUGGGAGAUGAGUCUAAUGGUGCUCAACAUGCUCAUCACCUCUCUCCUCAACUCCAGCAACAACAUUCACAACUCUCUCCUUAUUCACAGCAACAACAACAAUGGUCGUCACCUGCCUAUACUACAACUCCCUCAUCGAAUACAAGCAGCACCACAGCAACACCUCAAGGAUUCAUGUUUUAUGGAAAUGGCUCUGCCAACGAUUUGGCCAAUUCACCUCGUGCAAGCUCGGAUUAUUUGUAUUCUCCAAGGAGUGAUUAUUCGAGUAGUGAUUUCUCAUCCCUUACGAACAGCCCUAGAUUCGGUGCAGGCGGAACCGAUUCAAAUUCUUCAACACCUAGAGGUUUGAUUGGUUCUAUGAGUGGAAUGAAUAUCAAUGAGAAUAUUAUGGAUGUUUCACAACAGCAGAAUCCUUUCUCAGUCACCAAUUCUCAGCUUAACAACUUGUCCACACCAGUUCAAUACAACAACCUCAAUGGAACUCAAAGGUAUAGAGGUCAACGCAAGUCUGCCCAAUUCCAUCAUCAACAAUUACUCUAUGAUUCUGCUUUGAAUGUUUCUGGAACGAGAAAGAGUAUUGCUGGAUAUUUAAAUCAUGCUGGAAAUAGAUAUAGCUUGGGAUCAUUUGCAUACUCACAAUUUCAUGGUUCUGCCUAUUCGAAUCCAUCUAUGAACAAUAAUUAUGGAAAUCCUCAAAUUAAUGUUUCAAGUGACUUACCAACCCCUGGAAAUAACAACAAUGGAACACCCUUCAACCACAUACCAUCGAAUAAGAGACACUCCCAACACUUUUCGAAUAAUCCAUACAAUAGGUAUAGUUUAGGUCCAAAUCAUGAAUUAUAUGGCUUGACAAUGAAUUCAGCAAACAAUACUAGCAAUAACCUUGGUGGAAACGCAAACAGCAACAGUAAUUUUCUUCAUCCAACAACAAAAUAA